CGAGCUUUUCACCUCCUCAAAUCUCCCACCCCCGCCUUGGCUUGGCGAUAACAAACCACCAGCCAGAGCCAAGAAGACACUACGGUAAAUUUACUCGUAGCGUGAAGUGGUCAUGUCUAAUCACGCGGCAAGAAUGUCUGGGGCCUGGCUCGGUGGAGACGCUAGGGUGGAUAGGGUGCUCGAGUUGGUGGGGGGGACGGUGGUUGGGGGGGGGGAGGGUAAGCGUGAUAAGCACUAG